CUUGUGACCAGUUGUCUUUGCACUGCACACACUGGACACAUACAUUUCUUGCUUAGGCCACCUUUAAGACACCUGGAAUUAUUCUUUCAAUCCUGCUGGUGACUACGGUCACUGUUUCUCCUGGGUUUGGAUUAUGGAAGGGAAUUCUCCAAACUCUGCUGGGAAUUCCCAAGGGCUGCCUUCACAGAGAAUUACCAACUCUUGUCCUCUGAAUGUUCCUGUGGUGAGCAGAGGCUCUUCCCUGACUGGAAAUUUUCUUAACAUCACCCAGCACUCUGCUCCAGCCAAUAGCAAUGCUUGGCUGCUGCCACCUGUUUCUGGCAUGCCCUUCAACUCACUCCCUGCCAGGGACUAUUUCUUCCAACAUUCCAGCACUGCCAGUCACUCUACAGUGGCUGGGCCAAGCCAGGCUUCCAUUUCAUCAAUCUCUGGCCCAAACAUCUAUGAGUGGAGCAAUACCAGGAAUGCUGAUGAGAUGGCAUCAUCUCUACAGGACUGCAAUUUGACCACCAUGGGCUCAGAAAUACCUGUUACUUCACUCCCCAUGGCACUACAAUAUGGUAGAGCCAGCGUUGCUCCUACCAUGGUGCCUCUGUACCCACAGUGGUCUGCAAGCCUUGUCCCAAGGACAUCUUUUUCAGGGACUGGUCAGAGACACAGUGUAACAUUUCCCAGACUUCCAAUUCCUCACCACAAUGCAUCCCAGGCCUAUUAUCAUAAUCCAGGCGGGCUAAGCCCCCAACUGGCUGAACAGUGUAGCCCUUACCUGCAGCCCUAUGGCCCUAUCCCCUACAGAGAGAGCAGGGCUGGUCCCAGGCCAGGAACCCCUCAGCCAGAGAUGGUGAUGUUGUUGAAGGAGAUCCAGCAUCAGGGUACUCUGCCCUUAGUUUCUACCCCUGGACUGUACUACCCAGCUUCUACUCAGCAAGGCACAGCAACAUCCUUCCAAGCGAUGGGAGUGUCACCGGGCUUGGCACACACAGCCCCAACUUUUGGUUGGCCACCAACCUUGGAGCUCUCCACGCCUUGCAGCAGCAAGGCCAUCUUGCGUACUGAGAGUAACCCAUCUCCGGAAUACAUGGGCAGUGCCAGAAAAUCUGCAUUUCCAAGCUAUGGGAGCCUUCUCACCCUAUCUUGGAAUCUGGGUGCUUGCCAGGAGCCCCCACUGACCUUCUGGAAAAUCAAGAAGUCCCCACUGCCCCCUCAGAAAAUCAACAAGCCCCCAUUAGCUGGGAAGAAAAUCCAAAAGCCCUCAUUGACCCCCCUAAAUAUCCUGGAGCCCCCAUUGACCCCUCUAAAAAUCCAGGAGCACCCACUGGCCCCUUUAAGCUUCCAGAAGCCUCCAUUGCAUUCCCUAGAUAUCCAGGAACCACCAUUGCUCCCCCUGAAAAUACCUGACAUUAAGGAGCUUCUUUCUUCCAUCGACCUCAUUCCCUUGGAAACUGACCUCCCUCAGCUGUGCCACAUCUCUCUCCUAGAAGAAUCUGUCCACAGGGACCAUCUUCCAGAGAAAAGCAGUGUGAGCCUUGGGACACUAGCAGCAGCAGCAAAGAAGGAGUCUGAGCCCACCUCUGGUCUCAACAACAUCUCCAGUUUGGCUGAAGACAGGCAGUUCCUGCCUGACCACUUAUCUAUGAAAGAGGCUCUCCAUCCCAAGGGACACAAGGUUCCCAAAUCCAACUCCAAAGCCCCCAGAACAGAUCAGACCUCUGGGCAGGCCACCCCAGGGAUGGAUUCCUCUAUCCAGGCUAGGAAGAACAAAUGCAAAACCACAAAGAAAUGUCCUAGAACUCCUCAGCCAAAAGUUAAUAUCACAGGCUCUCCAGUGGAUGAUAAAGAUCUUUCAGCACCUGUAGCCAGCAUCUCAGAUUCUGGGUGUCUCCCCCAUGAUAAAAAAGCCCAGACCAUGCUAAACCAGGGAAGGAGCAAAGUUCAAGGCCCCAAGCUGAAAGAGCCAAAAGGCCCAAGAGGUAGGUGCUCUCAGAAAGUUGGCGUCAAAAGUCAGUCUAAAAUUAAUAGUAAACCUAAGAAGAAACCCCCACUUCUUAAGAGGAAACGAAGGAAGGACCACCCUGACCACAACCAAGAGCCCUUUAAAAAGCCCCGAAGCCACCUGGGCAUGCAAAUGCUGCAGUCAGUGCAGGUGUUCCAUAUGCUGGGUAAGAAGAGUCCCCAAGCUAGAGGCAUUACAGGGAUCAGAGAGAGACUGGGCAUCUCACCUGGAGGGCAUGCUAUGGGAAAAUCCCAGCCGGGUCUCCUAGCAGCCUCAACCAUCAACAUGGCAGUACUGACACCCAGAGCAAGUUUCUUUCUGGGGAGGAAAGGGUUCUGCCUGUACCAUUACCCAACCUAAAGCAGCAACCAUCUCAGCCAAACCAUUGCAAGCCCUGUUCUUCAGAAGUACAACAGCUUUCACCUCCCUACCCAGCCCACCUGGGUCCUGUCAUCUCAGCCAAGCGUGAUCAUGCCACCCCAAGUACUCCUGAUCCUGCUAAUUUGGGCCAGCCUGUACCUGCCAAGUUAACACAACCAAGCUUUCCUUUCCCAGGCCAGACAGAUCCUGCUAAAACAUCCCAGCUGGGUGCUGCCAUCUCAGCCAUGCCUGGGCAUCCCAAAUCAGUUCUUCCAAGUCCUUCUGACAUUUCCUUUCCUGGUCCAGCCAUCCCAUCUGGGACAGGUCCUACUAACCCUGCUUGGCUUGGGUCUGCUUUUCCAGAGAAGCAUGAUGCUCCCAAUCCCAGACUUCCUAAUCCAAGUCAUCCUGAUUCUUCUAAAAUAGCCCAAUCAGGUCCUGCUAAUUUGGACCAACCUGGUUCUACCAAUCGAAUUCAGCCUAAGCCUGGCAACCUAGGCAAACUUGUCCCAGCACACAUCUACUGUACCUGUCACAGCAAGUCAGCAUUCCAGCCCAGACCUAGUUAGCCAAUCCAACCCAGCUAGCUCUUACAGUCCCAACAAUCCCCUGCUCUUUCUGAGGCUGAUGAUCUUCCUAGGCCUAUGUCAUCUCCACAAGUUGUUACCCAUCCCUCGCUCUAGCAACCAACUCAUCUCCUGGAAGCAGUUUCUUGUCACCAAGCCAGGGAUGUCAAGACCUACCACUUUGAAGCAGGGGCCUAACAGGUGUGAGAGAAUGCGGUAAAGUACAUCUCAACUCUUCAUUAAGAAACCAAAGGACUUAGAAGAUUUGCAGCAAUUUGCAGGUUAUUAAAGCUGAGCAGGGAUGUGGGACUUGAGCUGCUUUCUCGAGCUCUUGAGUGCUUACACAUAUAUUCCUAUGAAUGUGAAUCUUUGCAUGAAGUGUUAAUAAAUUGUUUUCCCAAUA